UAGCGACGGCUCGCCGAAAUCUUCACACAAAUUAGUUGCACGGGCUUUUCCUUCACAAUGCUUCCCUUUUUCUUUCUGAUGGGCGGUUUCCCUUUAAUUUGAUUAACAUAUUCUGCUUGCACUCCGGAGCUCGAGAGGAGAGUGUCGGCUCUCACUCUUCUUUUUCUUUUUGGAACAAAGUUCCCCUCGCUUUUCUCAAAGCGGCCUUUCCACAUCCCCCUUCCCCACCGAUCUCCAUUUUGUGUUGCAGGAGAAAAGGGGAAGGAUUUCACUGAGAAUGUCUUUCUCUGAAUCCCUUCCAAGAGAUCAUACCACUUAGUCUCAUUCAGCUUCCAUCUUAGCUGCUCCAGUUAGUCUGAUGGUCAUCGCUACUGUGGAGGCCAGGUGAGGGAAAGAGAGGUGGUGGUCUGUGUGGCUUCUCUUUUCCAAAUCAUUCUUCUUGCAUAAAACCCUACAGUCCUAGCUUAUAUCUCCAUCACAGCCACUUUGAUAGUGAUUGCUAUCACUUAGGUUGAGAGAGAGAGAGAGAGAGAGAGAGAGAGAGAGAGAGAGAUGGUUUUUAGCUACUACUGACGGGUGUAGGUAAAACAGAACUGGUAGGGUAGGGAAGAAUGGCAGAGAAAGUAGAGGGACACCAAACUCUGUUCCUUCUCUUGUUGUUGGUGAGCAACUGCUUAGUGGUGGCUCAAUGUGCGAUUGGUGUCAAUUGGGGGCUCAUGUCUUCCCACAAGAUGCCCCCUUCCAUUGUUGUGAAACUGCUGAAGGAUAAUGGGGUCGGCAAGGUGAAGCUGUUCGAAGCCGACGGAAGAGUCCUUGAGGCGUUAAUGGGCAGCGGGAUCGAGGUGAUGGUAGGCAUCCCGAAUGAGUUGUUGGGGGCAUUGAGUUCUUCUUCGGCUGCUGCUGAUUUGUGGGUUCAUCAAAACUUGUCGAGAUAUGUGGUGAAGGGCGGCGUUGAUAUCAGGUACGUUGCAGUUGGCAACGAACCCUUCCUGUCAAGUUAUGGGAACCAAUAUCAGUCCCUUGUUCUACCUGCUCUACAAAAUAUACAACAAUCUCUGGUCAAAGCAAACCUCGCAGGAUUUGUAAAACCAGUGGUGCCCUGCAAUUCAGAUGCAUAUCAGUCUUCACUGCCAUCGCAGGGAUCAUUCCGACCUGACUUAACUCAAAUUAUGACUCAGCUUGUCUCUUUUCUAAGCUCAGUCGGCUCUCCUUUUGUGGUCAACAUCUAUCCUUUCUUGAGCCUCUAUGACAGCUCGGACUUCCCACAGGAGUAUGCAUUUUUUGAAGGCACCAAUCAUCCCCUUGUAGACGGUCAAAAUAUGUACUACAAUGCGUUCGAUGGAAAUUUUGAUACCUUGGUUGCAGCUCUUGACAAGAUUGGUUAUGGUCAGAUGCCGAUCGUUGUAGGCGAGGUUGGAUGGCCCACUGAUGGGGCUCUCAGUGCGAACCUUAGUGCUGCUAGAGCCUUCAACCAAGGUCUUAUCAAUCAUGUUCUGAGUAACAAAGGGACCCCUUUGAGACCAGGUGCUCCUCCCAUGGACAUUUAUCUGUUUAGUCUUCUUGAUGAAGAACAGAAGUCUAUUAUGCCUGGCAACUUUGAAAGGCAUUGGGGAAUCUUUUCUUUUGAUGGUCAGGCCAAGUAUCCGCUCAAUCUCGGAUCAGGUAAAGGGCUUCUGCGAGGUGCAAAAGAUGUCCAGUACUUACCUUCAAGGUGGUGCAUCGCAGACCCAUCCAGGGGCUUGGACAGCGUCUCUAACCACAUGCAAUUAGCAUGCAGUUUGGCUGACUGCACGACUCUCUUCUAUGGAGGUUCCUGCAACUCUAUCGGCGAUGCUGGCAACGCCUCCUACGCCUUCAACAGUUACUAUCAGUUGAGGAAACAGGACCCUGAAAGCUGCAGCUUUGGUGGCUAUGGUAUGAUCACAUUUCUUGAUCCUUCAAUUGGGGACUGUCGAUUUCUGGUUGGCGUCAGCGAUAGUUCUGGUUGUGGAAUUUCCUUCCCCCAUAGGACUUGGAUGACCACUUUCUUGGGUUUUGUUGUUGUAACCAUCUUGUUUUUCUUAUAAUUUGUAGUUUUCUUGUAAUGUUGGAGAAUGGAUACAACUGGGUGCUUCUGUAUUGUUGUCGUGCCCAUUAUUACCCUUGCAUUAGGAGAUCAGUAUAUUCUAGGAUUUUUGAUGGACCAAAGAGUCAGUAACCAAUUCCUAUAAAAUGAAGUUACUUCAUUUGUGCUUGAUUUUGAAA